AUGGCAUACACUCCAAGCCCACAGUCUCUGUUAAUCAUCUUUCGCAAACUCCUCAAUACCAUCAUCUAUUCCGCAGGAGAUUAUCCCCUACUUGCACGAACUCAUCAAUCCUUCCAAAAGGGCCCUGCUCAAUUCAACAGGGGUUUACUUUUAGCACCAAUUUCAGUUGGGAUUGUCCUUGACAUCCUAGUCCGAUACAUCAUUGGCCAUGUCUUAAUGUCUAUCUUAAUCCUCGAAACUGUGGGGAAGCAGGUCAAUGUGUCUAAGGUCGCAGACAAGAAGCUAGCUCCAUCAAGUCGUUACUUGUUGCAAACUAGUGCCGCCCUUUACCGCAGAGGAGGUUUCUCUCUUCUCCUCAAUGGCAUCUAUUCCGCUUGCACCUACUGGGUGAUGCACUCAUUGGUGACUAACCUAUCGACUAUUCUGCUUCCUAGUCAGGUAGCGUAUGUUGUUGCAUCGGUCCUGCUCGCGGAGACCCGUUUCUUCUGGACCGCGAAAACCAUCCUUCAGCGCGACCAGCUGCGCUUCGUGCCUAGCCCCCACGAUCUCCGCCGAUGGAGAGCUCUUGUGCUUCCCACAUUAAUUUAUUCCACGGCCGAGGCAGUGAUGGUGCAUUUCCCGGGGCUACUCAAUAGUCGUCUCGCUCCGGCGUCGAGCGAGAACGUCACAAUAGAGGGAUUGCCGUAUAUCGUGAGAUCCGACAUCCUGAUAUCGGCACUUAUGCUCUUUGCCCAGUUGUUUCUCCUCCUUCCCUCUUAUAUGGCGUUAAUUCUGGUGCAGGCCAGUCUCCUGCCACCCAUCUGCGAGACGAUUAUCUAUAGGCCAUCGCGACAGCAGCAGCAAGGUGUACGGGUAGGAGAGAUCUUUUCAGCAGUCAAGCAAGGACCCCUGCAGAUAUGGGAAGCGGCGCAGAUGAUCGGGACGGGAAGGUUGCUUUAUUGUCUGGAAUUGUACGGGAAGAUGUGUUUAUGUUUGCUUGUGAUUGCUGCUAUGGUACAUUUGACAGUCUAUUCUAUGUUGUAA